AUCUGAAAAAGUGCGCCCGGUAAAGUGCAGUACUCCCGUCAAAACAUUUGCUUCUAUCGGAUAAGUAACACAAUUCACCUAUUGCUUUGCAGUGCGCAAGCGUGAUUUACGGCAAGAACCAGUCUGUCAAAUUGCCGUGCACCUGUUGGGAUUAUGUCCCAAUACAUAUGUAAAUCCAUAAUUCUUAAUUAAAGAAAGCAUACAUCGAUCUAGUUAUAACCGUUGCAAUAAUGAAAGACACGUUGAUACUGAAAACUGUUUUAUCUACCACACAAAGAAUGAAGCUUUUCCCAGUCAACUGCUUUCGCAGAGUGCCGUGUGCAAAGUACUUAAUCUUCUGGCGAGGUAUGAACGCGCGCAGUGCUGUUCCGAAGGUGCACCUGUAAUUGUUGACUUGGACGGUUUGCCAGGAAAAUCCUAAACGUGUGCUGAAUACGGGUAAUUCACUACAACCUGCUCAAUUCCACAGCUUACGCGGGAAGUACGAUUGUCGAUAGCCACAUCAAUACAGAUUCAAGAUGGCCCAGAAGUGCCCUGUAUGCAGCAAGUCUGUGUACUUUGCAGAGGAGCUGAAAGCAAUUGGGAAGACAUUCCAUAAACUGUGUUUGAAAUGCAGCCAGUGCAACAAACUACUGGACAGUACGUCAGUGAAUGACCAUGACGGCAGCUUGUUCUGUCGAUCCUGCUACAGCAAGAACUUUGGUCCAAAGGGGUAUGGCUUUGCUGCCGGGGGAGCAGGACUGUCUUCAGAUUACGGAAAGAGCAGUCAAGCUCGGAGUGUUGGUGGGUCUGCUGCAUCAACUAAUGGGGGCCGGCCCAGGUUUGGUGCAACUGACCAGUGUCCCCGAUGUAAGCAAGCAGUUUACUUCGCUGAAGAGGCAAGAGCACUGGGGAAGAAGUUCCACAAGAAAUGUCUCGUCUGCAACACCUGCAAUAAGUCCUUGGACAGCACCACUCUGACCAACCAUGAAGAUGAAAUAUACUGCAAGUCGUGUUAUGGGAAAAAAUUUGGUCCUCGGGGAUAUGGCUUUGCAGGAGGAAGUUCCGGCCUCAGUAUGGAUACUGGCAAAAUAGGGGAGGUAACCAAGGAUAAUGUCUCCUCCUUAGCAAAAGCCCAAGCUGUCUCCAUGGCAACAAAUGGUGAUGGUCCAAAGAUUGGUGGUGCUGAUGCCUGUCCUCGCUGUAACAAACCAGUGUAUUUUGCGGAGGAGAAGCGUGCACUGGGAAAGAAGUAUCACAAGCUCUGCUUGUGUUGUACGGAGUGUAAGAAGCAGUUGGACAGCACCACCCUCACCAACCAUGAUGACCACAUCUACUGCAAGUCCUGCUAUGGCCGACUGUUUGGUCCCCGGGGCUACGGGUUCGCCCAGGGUGGGGCAGGGUUGUCCAUGGACACUGGGAAGUCUGGUGAGGUCAGCCGAGACAAUGUGUCAUCCUAUGGCAAGGCACAGGUGAUGAUGGACAACAAGGGAGAUAAUGCUGGUGGCAGGAAGUUCGGUGGAGCUGAUUCCUGUCCCCGAUGCGGGAAAACUGUUUACUUUGCUGAGAAAGUAGUUGGAGGAGGCCGGUCGUGGCAUAAGAUGUGUUUCCGCUGCGAGGAUUGUAACAAGGCCUUGGAGUCCACCACACUUUGUGAGGCUGGAGACAAGAUUGUCUGUAAAUCCUGCUAUGGAAAAACCUAUGGCCCCAAAGGAUUUGGAUUCGGAGCUCUCAACACCACUGCUUAAGCUGCUGUGUCUUGGGUCUCCAACCAGUGUUGAGGAGCUGUGUCUUACUCCUGAAGAACACCUGUAUCUGAUUACUGUAAUGUGGAGCACCAGUAUCUGAUAACUGCAUUAUACGGACAUUUUAUGAUAGCUGGAAACAUGUGCUUUCACUGUUGAGAAUAUUUACUCUUCACUACUGGCACCAACUAAAUGGAUUUUUUGUUGUUAAGUUUAACACACUUCACCAAUCAACAGCUACAUUCAAAUUUGUUUAAAGAAAUUCUUCAUGUGGUUGAUAUUAAGUCAUGGUAGCAAAAUUGUUUUGAAUCACCAGUCAUCACUUAGCACAACUUUUUAAACUAAGUGAGCUCCAGAGGAAGUCAGGUUGUCUUAAGGCAACCCAACUCACGAGUUAUGUCUCUUGGACAUGACAGGAUCUUAAGAUUGUGGGUUUGAAUCCUGGAAUAUGCCCAACUUAUGACCUUUGAUUCUGUGCACAGUAGGGCCUGUAAGUCUUGCGAGGCGCUACUUCCGGUACUCAGCUGGUUCCUGGCUGCCUUUGCUCUCGCCAACUUGGUACUAAGCUGGAUCCUGGCUCCCUUUGCUCUCACCAACUUGGGCCCAGCUUACUUCCGGUACCAGCGUAUAUUCAAGAACCAGUCCUGGUUCAAAAUUGCACGACCGCCAAAUAUGACUUUUCCAGACCAGGCCAAGUGUACAACCAUGCUUGGCCGUCACAGCUGUUGACAGUCGUAUUAGUUGGCUAAUUUUUUUGGAUGGUUAAAUCGGAAAUUUGUUAUACCUUCAAGGAUUAUCCAUUCCUUGCUGUCAACUGACAACCGUGAGACCAUUCGAAACUGUAUGAAACAUUGUUUGUCGACGGAAGUACUAAGGUCUCCCGAAGUGCCGUGACCUACUUACAGGCCCUGUUUCACCAAGAUAUAUGUCUGUGAGAUGUAACACAUUCACUCAAACUUGAUGAAGCAGUGCGUGGAUCAUGAAGACAUAUUCAAUAAUUUGAUUCUUUGUGAGCAUUGUCAAACACUGGGACUAAAAAUAUUUAACAUGAUAACAUAACUUGCAAAUUCAGUGAAAUGUGUCCCUGAGAUAAUAUCAAAUAUGAUUUUGCUACAGUGGUUCAACAUCAAAUCCUACCAUACAUAUAUGUAGAGCAACAAUUUUACAAUUAGUUAUGACAAAGGACUGUUGAAAACAUAUCAUGUUUACUGAAAGAUGGAGGAACUGCUGAUUGUUCACAAACUUUUGAUUUGUUGUAUAAUACUGCACUUGGCAAUAUUCCAGCUAUGUGACAGUGGCUUGCACAUGAUUGAGUCAGGACCAAAAAGUCCAGUGAUCAAUAUUGUGAGCAAAUUCCAGGCUUGGGACCAAUUCCAACCCAGAAUCCCAAUGGGUAUUUCAAAACACUGGUAACUUUGUGAUAACAAUGAAGUUGGUGCCGUAAGCCAGGUAUUGUACUUUCUGGAAAGAACUGAUUGAUUGUUAUCAGUUAUUGAUCAGGUUAUAAAUUUUAGUCUUUAUCAAACGAACCUGGCAAUGGUAGUGAAUAUUGAUGAUGUUGAUUUUCCUGAUUGAUGUUUGAACUGGUAGAAAAUAUGUUUACCAUUUUUUUAACAACCCAAAAAAUCUCCUUAUCGAAAGCUAAGUCUUUCUCAAAAAACCUAGCAAGGUAAUGAAUAUCAGUGACCGACAUUGAUUUUUCUGUCCAUGUUUACCUUUUUAUUGACAUCCCUUAUAUGCUCUUAUGACUAGCCUAUCUCUAGUGCUAUCACUCAAAGAAUUUAGACAUUGCCAGUAAGGCAUUUGCUGGUAACAUUUAUUUAUUUGAUGGACCGUGACAUGUAUAUCUCAGUUAAUCAAUAUCGUAGGGCAACUAUAGUCAGCACAAAUACUCAUGUUAUUUUAUGGUUUGUAAAACUUUAUCUGUACUGUAAGAGCAGUGGUAUAUAGAUAUAUAUUACUUGUAUGUUGUGUACUGUCAUUCCGAGGGUUUUCUGUAUGUAUUUGCAAAACACAGUGAAGAUGCUGUGGUCUUAUUACUCAGAUUUGUAUUUGACUUUCAAAUGUUUCUUGGUUCAUGUUCUUCAUGAAGAGUUUGUAAGUAAAAUAAUACCCAUCUGAAUGAUGAUUUUAUUUAAUGAACAUUGUCAGAUGAGUUUGUAAGUAAAAAUAUUGCCGAGCUGAAUGGUGAUUUUAUGUAAAGAACAUUGUCAGAUGAUAAAAUUGAGAAUUCAACUGUUUAGAAAAUACUUACAUGAUUGGUUAAUUGUGUUAUUUUCUAAAAAUAAUAUCAGCUUCAAAGUCUGGAGCAAAGUAUUUUCUUAUUCAUUUGAGCAGAUUAGCAAUAGCAAAAUUCUACUUUUCACUCAUCAAAUUUGGCAUCCAUGUUUUAAAGAUGAUGAAAUACAUGGACAUACAAACAUGAUAAAUUAGCAGUUAAACAAUAAAAGUCAGUUAAUGCUACUUUAUCCUCCAUAGAUGUCAAAAUUUAGAAUUGAUCAAAAUGUCACGGUCAUGACCUUGAUGUUAACCUGAUGACAUAAUAUUACAUGUCUUUUAGUAAAUACCUGUAUUCAGUAUUUGUUGAAUGGGUAUAUCUUUGUGUAUAUUUUAUUUUAAUCAAGUCAGUUAUUCCAAAGGAAUACCCUUCCAUAAUAUUCAAUAUAUAUUUGUGAAAUACUUCAGACAAAUUUCGUCCACCUGUAUCUUGAGUCAUUUAUGGUGCUUCAGUUCUUGUUGAAUGUAUCCUAGUUUUAUUCUAGUCGCUUCUUGUUCGUGCUUUUCUUAUGUGAGACCUUUGUACAAAUAUGUGCUUAUAUUCCCAGUGCUUGAUAAUCCCAUUGUCAAAUCUUUUACUGAUACAACCUUUCUCUAUGUAAAGAUCUGGGUGCACCUACAUUGGAGAAUGUUUCAGGUGAAUGCUGUUUUGAACCUUGACAACCCAAUCAAAAUGAAGAAUGCAGGUGUGCCACAGUUAACCAUGUGACAGUUUUUCAAA